ACUAACAGUGCACAUUUUCCAAAUCUUCCUAAUCAAACACACCUGAUUCAACUCAUCAGUUCGUUAGUAGAAACUCCAAGACCAGAAAUAUAUGGUUCAGAUAAGGGAGACAUUCAAAAUGUGUACUGUUGGUGUUCCUCCAGGAACAGGGUUGGGAAACACCAUUCUACAGGGCCCUCAGAGGGUUUUUGUACAUGUGAGAGUUAUACCUUACGUCAAAGAGUAGUGUAUCUACAGUGUGAGCAUUUAUAAACCAAAGCCAAAGCAAACUUGUACCCAUAAUGUAACUGAGGACACUCUGACCUGUGCUGUAAGUAUAUUCAUGUAAGCUAUCAUUGUCUAGAAAAAAGUUCUUGCACCUUUGUUUUGUCUUAUACAUAUAACAGUUUUAUUGUGCUAUUUCACUUUUUAUUUCUGCCAGAUGGGGUCGGGCAGCAAUGACGGAACCUACCAAAAUGCAAACACAACAACAACAAUCACUGAGUUUGUUCUACGAGGUUUUCCUAGCCUCCCUCCUGAGUACUACGGAUGUGUGGGAGCUUUGUUUUUCAUCUUAUACCUUCUUCUUGCUACUGGGAAUAUUUUUAUCAUUGUCUUUGUGAUGUGUGAAAAAAGCAUUCAGAAACCAACAUACAUAAUCUUCUGUAACCUUGCAAUGGCAGAUCUUGCACUUGGAACGACAACCUACCCAAGAGUCAUUGCAAAGUACUGGAUGUCUGACAAAAUCAUAUCAUUCAACGCCUGCUUCGUGCAGAUGUAUUUUGUCCAUUUUCUUGGGGCUACAAAUUCAUUUCUCAUGGCACUGAUGGCUCUUGAUCGAUUCAUAGCUAUUUGCAAUCCUCUCAGAUAUCAUACCCUGAUUAAAAAUUCAACUAUUGCCAUUCUGUGUGCAUGUGUUUGGAUAGCAAACAUGCUGCAGUUAGUUGGAGUCACUCUCCUGGCCCUUAGUGUGAAUUACUGUGGGUCAAAUGUCAUACCUCAUUGCUACUGUGAUCAUGUUGCUUUAAGCAAACUGACAUGUGGAGAUGUAACUACCAUGAAAGUCACAAGUGCAGCUAUUGCAAUGUUUGUUCUGUGGGGUCCUUUAAGUUUCAUCUUAUUUUCUUACGUCUCUAUCAUUAUCUCUGUGUUGAGAAUCUCAAAUUCAGAAGGACGUUAUAAAGCAUUUUCCACGUGCACUCCACAGUUAGUGAUCAUAUGUCUGUAUUAUGUACCCAGAACUUUUGUGUAUUUGACACAUGUUGCUGGCUAUGAAUUUAAUACUGAUAUCCGCAUUGUGGUUUCCAUGAUGUAUAGUCUCUUCCCUGCUGUUGUUAACCCGUUUAUAUAUUGCUUCAGGACUAAAGAGAUCAAAGACGCAAUAAUUAAAAAAUUUAAGAUAAAACAGGUUGGAGUCAAUAGAAAAGUCAGUCUUGGUUAAAAAGAAUCUGGUCCAGUAUUGUUGCUUACUAUGUAUAUAUAUA